GAAGCACCGUAUCACACCUCCAUCCCGCUGCCUCUUUAUAAACUUCAUAUUCAUUUUCCCCAAACCCUAACGUUUUUCUAUUUUCUGCUCACACACUCUCCUCUCUGCCGCUCAUCUUCUCUCUAGAAUCUUCGUCAACAAUGGAGUUUUGGGGUGUCGAGGUUAAAAGUGGUCAACCACUAGAAGUAAAGCUUGGUGAAGGCAAAGUUUUACAUCUUUCACAGGCUUGUCUUGGAGAACUCAAGAAUAACAAACCAAGUGACUCCGUUUACUUGCACAUCAACAUUGAGUCCAAAAAGCUUGUUCUCGGAACACUCAAUUCUGAGAGAUUGCCUCAACAGCUAUUCGACUUGGUGAUUGACAAAGAUUUCACUUUGUCACACAACUGGAAAAAUGGCAGUGUCUACUUCUAUGGAUACCAAGCUGACCAACCUAUUGAUGAAUCUGAAUUAGAAGAAGAAUCUGAUUCUGAUGAAGAAGAUGCUCUUCCACUUCCAGUUGUUAAUGGCAAGAAAGAAGAUAAGCCAGUGGUGGUGAAGCAGGAGGAAAAGAAAGAAGCUGUUCCAGCGGAGUCCAAGAAGAAAGAUGGUAAGCAGAAAGUGCAGAUUGUAGAACCUUCGAAAGAUUCCGACUCUGAUGAUUCCGACUCUGAUGACAGUGAUUCAAUGUCUGAAGGUUCAGACGAGGAUGAUGAGGAUUCCUCUGAUAGUGAAGACAGCAGUGACGAGGAGGAAGAGACACCAAAGAAGCAACAAUCUGGAAAGAAGAGAGCUAAUGAGUCUGCAAUGAAGACCCCUGCAAGUGACAAAAAGGCAAAACUGUCUACCCCUCAGAAGACUGAUGGCAAGAAAGCAGGAGGACAUGUGGCGACACCUCACCCCUCAAAGCAAACCAAGACGCCAGCAAACAAGUCAAAUCAGAAAAGCCCAGCCUCUGCUUCUACUGAUGGUGCACAUUCUUGCAAACCAUGCAACAGGACCUUCAAGUCCGAUAGUGCUCUUCAAUCUCACAACCAGGCUAAGCACAAGUAAAUGGUAUUUGAAAAGAUGAAAAUGGUGGCUGAUUUUGUUGAAGGAUGAGUGAGGUUAGUUUUAAGCAGGGUUGUUUUUUAGUACCAGAAAAGGCACCAGACCAGAAUUAUGUUUUUGAAUGAUGUGGAAACAACAUGGUGGAUUUAUUUGCUUCAAAUAUCUACUUUUUCUAAACUGUUUCAGAUUUAUAUUUA